UUUGAAAUCCAUCCCGUUAUUUCCCUGCGUGCUGACGUCACUUACCGAAACUCUCGCGCGUGUGGCCUGCAGUUCGGACAGCGGUCAGAUCAUCUGAUCAUCAAACACCAAAAACUCUCACCAUGGGAAACUGUCAACCAACAGUUUUUCCUUAUGAAGACUUCGACGUAGUUGCCGAUAUAAAGGCCAUCCGCAAAGCCUGCAAAGGUUUAGGAACUGAUGAGAAAGCCAUCAUAAACAUCCUAGCCAAUCGAAGUGCAGCUCAAAGAAUGGAGAUAAAACAAGCAUACUUUGAGAAAUAUGAUGAUGAGUUGGUGGAUGUUUUGAAGAGUGAGCUGACUGGUAAUUUUGAGAAUGCCAUCCUCGCCAUGUUGGAUCCUCCUCACGUGUUUGCUGUUAAAGAGCUCAGGAAGGCCAUGAAGGGCGCUGGCACCAACGAGGACGUCCUGGUGGAGAUUCUGUGCACUGCUACCAAUGCUGAUAUUGCCACUUACCAAGAGACCUACACCUACGUGCAUGACAGGGAUUUGGAGGCAGACAUUGAAGGAGACACCAGUGGGGAUGUUAGGCGACUACUAACAUUUCUUCUCCAGGGUAACAGAGACGAGAGCUACGAGGUGGACGAAGCGCUGGCAGAGCAAGACGCCGUCUCCCUGUUUGAAGCUGGAGAGGGCGGCUUUGGCACAGACGAGUCAACUUUCAGCUUCAUUCUGGCCACCAGGAACUACUUACAACUGCAGGCCACUUUCAAAGCCUAUGAAGCCAUCUCUGGAACUGAGAUUUUGGAUGCAAUUGAUAAGGAAACCUCUGGAACUCUGAAGGAUUGCUACAUCACACUUGUGAGGGUUGCUAAGAACCCCCAGCUAUUCUUUGCCCGGAGGCUGAACGCCGCUAUGAAAGGUGCCGGGACUGAUGAAGACACUCUCAUCCGCAUCAUUGUGUGUCGCUCAGAGAUUGAUCUGGAGACCAUUAAAGACAUGUACCUGGAGAAAUAUGAUGUGCCUCUGAAAGAUGCCAUCAGAUCGGAGUGUGGUGGAGAUUUCAAGCGUCUCCUGCUGGCCAUCCUUCACUGAGAGACGCACUUUCAGACCCCGGUGCGCAACAUGGACCAAGGAAGCUUUCAUUAUAGUCCCAAUCAAGGCAAACUAACAUGACUUGUUUUCUGUCUUAUAGUCUACAAACACAUUUUUUAUAGUGCUAAGUUUAAAUGGACAAAACCUUCAAAUACAAUAUCUUUAAUAUUAAUAUUUUACUACACUGUGCAAAUAUAUAUG